AUGCUGGGAAUGUGUCGCGGGCGCAGGAAGUUCCUGGCGGCGUCCGUCGCCUUGCUUUUCAUCCCGGCGCUCACCUGGCUCUACCUGUCCGUUGGGAGUUUCCAAGUUCAGUCGUCUCUGCCGGUGAGCGGAGCUGGCGAGCGGCAGGCGCUAGAGCUGCGGGUCCGAGCCGUGGAGGAGGAAAACCGGGCCCUGCGGCGAGAGCUCAGCCGGCCACCGAAAAAUCAGUCCGCGCGCCUGCCGCCCGGCGCCCGUCGGGGGAACCAGAGCCGGACUCAUUCCGAGGAAGGCACCGGUGACAACGAGGGCCAGAAGAAUGGAGCCGUGGGAAACAGCUCGGACUGCGUGCAGCAGCCGGUGGUGGACAAGUGCGAGACCAUCCAUGUGGCCAUCGUGUGUGCUGGAUACAACGCAAGUCGAGAUGUGGUGACUCUGGUCAAGUCUGUCCUCUUCCACAGGCGAAACCCCCUUCAUUUCCAUUUCAUCACAGACGCCAUCGCUCAGAAGAUCCUCUCCUCUCUGUUUCAUACCUGGAUGGUCCCCGCUGUCAGGGUGGACUUUUACGACGCAGACGAGUUAAAGUCCGAAGUGUCGUGGAUCCCCAAUAAACAUUAUUCUGGAAUCUACGGCUUGAUGAAGUUGGUGCUCACCAAGACGCUGCCCUCGGAUCUGCAGAGGGUCAUCGUGCUGGACACCGACAUCACUUUUGCCACCGACAUAGCUGAGCUCUGGGCCGUCUUCCACAAGUUCAAAGGUCAGCAAGUUCUGGGUUUAGUGGAGAACCAGAGUGACUGGUACUUGGGGAACCUGUGGAAGAACCAUCGGCCAUGGCCAGCUCUGGGCAGAGGCUUUAAUACAGGGGUGAUUUUACUUCUCCUGGAUCGACUACGGAAGCUCAGAUGGGAGCAGAUGUGGAGGCUGACUGCGGAGAGGGAACUAAUGAGCAUGCUGUCCACCUCCCUGGCAGACCAGGACAUCUUUAACGCGGUGAUCAAGCAGAAUCCGUUCCUGGUUCACCAGCUGCCCUGCUUCUGGAACGUCCAGCUGUCCGACCACACGCGCUCCGAGAAAUGCUACAAAGACGUGUCAGACCUCAAGGUCAUCCACUGGAACUCCCCCAAAAAGCUCCGUGUGAAGAACAAGCACGUGGAAUUUUUCCGGAACCUCUAUCUAACGUUUCUGGAGUACGACGGCAACCUGCUGCGAAGAGAGCUGUUCGGCUGCCCCAGCAAGGCCGAUCACAAUAGCGAGAAUCUCCAGAAGACUCUUUCCGAGCUGGACGAAGACGAUCCGUGCUACGAGUUCCGCCGGGAGCGGUUCACCGUCCACCGGACACAUCUGUAUUUCCUUCACUACGAGUACGAGCCCAGCUCCGACAACACCGACGUCACUCUCGUUCACACAAUUCAACUGCUGUCUAUGUGGCUCCAGAUGUUGGAGGCCAUCUGUAAGCACUGGGAAGGCCCCAUCAGCCUGGCUCUGUACCUGUCGGACGCCGAGGCCCAGCAGUUCCUGCGCUACGCCCAGGGCUCCGAGGUGCUGAUGAGCCGCGGUAACGUUGGCUAUCAUAUAGUCUAUAAAGAGGGACAGUUCUACCCGGUCAACCUGCUCCGGAACGUGGCCAUGCAGCAGGUCAACACGCCCUACAUGUUUCUGUCGGACAUCGACUUCCUGCCCAUGUACGGCCUCUACGAAUAUCUCAGGAAGUCAGUUGUACAGCUGGACAUGGCCAACACCAAGAAAGCCCUGGUGGUUCCAGCCUUCGAGACCCUACGCUAUCGACUGUCCUACCCGAAAUCGAAGGCCGAGCUGCUGUCCCAGCUGGACAUGGGCACGCUCUUCACCUUUAGGUACCAUGUCUGGACUAAAGGCCACGCGCCCACCAACUUUGCCAAAUGGCGGACAGCGACGACGCCUUACAGGGUGCAGUGGGAGGCCGAUUUCGAGCCCUACGUGAUGGUGAGGAGAGACAGCCCCGAGUACGACCGGCGCUUUGUGGGCUUCGGCUGGAACAAGGUGGCUCACAUCAUGGAGCUGGACGCACAGGAGUACGAGUUUGUGGUCCUCCCGAACGCCUACAUGAUCCACAUGCCUCACGCGCCCAGCUUCGACAUCACCAAGUUCCGCUCCAACAAGCAGUACCGGAUCUGCCUCAAGACCCUGAAGGAGGAGUUCCAGCAGAACAUGUCGCGCCGUUACGGCUUCGCCGCCCUCAAGUACAUGACCGCUGAGAACAACAGCUAG